CGGCAGACCAAGUUAUCUCCCCUUCCCAAACAGAAAGGUUCCGGUUGGCAAAGAUGGUGCCCAAGUGUCCCCGGGCGCUCUUCCUUCUGCUGCUCUUCCUCGCCUGCCCCGAAUCGCGGGCUUCCCAGAACUGUCUCAACAAACAGCAGUUCCUCACGGCUAUCCGCCACCUGCAGCAGUUGCUGAAAGGCCAGGAGACACGCUUCGCCGAGGGCAUCCGUCACAUGAAGAGCCGGCUGGCGGCGCUGCAGAGCUCUGUGAGCAAGGCGGGCCCAGAUACGCCCCCAGUUUCCUGCCCUGCUCUGAAUGCCCCUCUGGAUGGCCAGAAGUUUGGAAGCAAGUACUUAGUGGAUCACGAAGUCCAUUUUACUUGCGAUCCCGGCUUCCGGCUGGUUGGGCCCAGCAGUGUGGUGUGUCUUCCCAACGGCACCUGGACGGGGGAGCAACCCCGCUGUAAAGAUAUCAGUGAAUGCUCCAGCCAGCCUUGUCAGAAUGGUGGCACGUGUGUGGAAGGUGUCAACCAGUACAAAUGCAUUUGUCCUCCUGGAAGGACCGGGAGCCGCUGUCAGCAUCAGGCCCAGACUGCAGCCCCCGAGGGCAGCGAGGCCGCGGACGCCGCCUUCAGCCGCGCGCCGCGAUGCGCGCAGGUGGAGCGGACGCAGCACUGCAGCUGCGAAGCCGGAUUCCACCUGAGCGGCGCGGCCGCCGACAGCGUCUGCCAGGAUGUGAACGAAUGCGAGCUCUAUGGACAGGAGGGGCGCCCCCGGCUCUGCAUGCACGCCUGCGUGAACACCCCCGGCUCCUACCGCUGUGUCUGCCCCAGUGGAUACCGGACUCUGGCUGAUGGAAAGAGCUGUGAGGAUGUUGAUGAAUGUGUGAGCCCACAGCCUGUGUGCCCCCGGGGGACUGUGUGCAUCAACACGGGCGGAGGCUUCCAGUGCGUCAGCCCGGAGUGCCCCGAGGGCAGCAGCAACGUGAGCUAUGUGAAGACAUCUCCGUUCCAGUGUGAGCGGAACCCCUGCCCCAUGGACAGCAGGCCCUGCCGCCACAUGCCCAAGACAAUCUCCUUCCACUACCUGUCUCUGCCCUCCAACCUAAAGACGCCCAUCACGCUCUUCCGCAUGGCCACAGCCUCAGCCCCUGGUCGGCCAGGGCCCAACAGCCUGCGCUUCGGGAUCGUGGGCGGUAACAGCCGCGGCCACUUCGUGAUGCAGCGCUCAGACCGCCAGACUGGGGAGCUGAUUCUGGUCCAGACCUUGGAGGGGCCUCAGACGCUGGAGGUGGAUGUCGACAUGUCUGAAUACCUGGACCGCUCUUUCCAGGCCAGCCACGUGUCCAAGGUCACCAUCUUUGUGUCCCCUUAUGACUUCUGAGGGGGUCCUGGGGUCACGGGGUGUAGGAGCCUGGGCUUGUUUCUCUUCCGCAGAGACAUAGCUGCGGGCUUGGGCUGCAGCAGACAUGUCUCCCCACCUGCCUGUCCCCGUGGCUUCCCAGGGCAGCACCGCACGCUGUCCCAUGAUGCUGAAGUGCAAACCAAAGCCCAAACUAUUGCCAUCAUAUGUUUUUCUGCUUUAAGGCCUGCCAUUAGAUGAUGCACUUUCUCAAAUCUUUGUUUUCUUUUUAACAGGGGAAUGGGCAGCUUGUCAAAAUGAUGCAUGAGUGGCAUUGUAAGUUUGAACUAGCUGGGGAGGGAGGAGCUUAUGGCCUGGGUCUGAGAUGACGGUCCAGCCUUCUGUUGUUAGAGUCAGGCCUCAUUAUUGCAGGGGUUCCGGACAUGCUGAGGGUGAAUCAUGCCCCUGUACUUGUGGCGUGGGGGCGGGUUCCUGCCACGACUCGGCACGCUCUUCUGUCUGCACUUCCCUUUGUGUCCCAUGGCUGGCCUUCUCACCAGAGAGCCCUGUCAGGGCCUGGACCCCCACGCAGAUUCUUCCGGACCAAGGAGCCAGAGUUCAUGUGCAGAUUCUGCCUGAAUGAAUUCCCUUUUGAGAAACCAUAUCUCAAAACAUAACCUGGUAUUAUAACUGAAAAAAUAAAAUCUGUUGCUCGUCCCUGUC